AUGUCUUCCUGCAUCUUCGGACAGCACCGGACGCCGCUCGCGAUCUACGGCCUAUCGUUGCCCAAUGAUGCAGACGCAGCUCCGAUGCACUUCCCCAUGUACACUGUAGCUGCGGAUGUGCUGCUGAAGAUGACGAGGGUCGAGCCCCACGAGAUGUUGAAGGCCAACGGCGAGCUCGUUGUCUUCUGCGAGGAAUUGGGCAAGGCAGCAUUCGUUUCACACCAGUGGCUUGCCAAGGACCAUCCGGAUCCGGAUUUCAAGCAGAUGCGUACCUUGCAGAAUGCCUUGAAACGCAUCCUGAGCAGCUCUGGAUCUCUUUCGCUGGAUUUCGUUACAGAAAGCGUUGUCCAAACGGCUAAGCCUCUUCUUAUGCAGGAUUUCCAGGUGCACACCUUGUAUUUCUGGUACGACUAUUUCUCAUGCCCACAGCUGCAGCGUCAAGGCAAAGCAUCCGACGAGACGGAGUACCUCCACCAAGCUAGAGCCAUCAGCAGCAUACCCGGCUACAUCAGCGCGUGCCACUUCUUUUUUGCACUGUGCCCGGUGGUUGACUGCCCCUUGCAGGGCAAGGUGCUCACAGCAAGGACCUGGAGCAGUAGGGGGUGGUGCCGCCUAGAACGAGCCGCACGCGAGCUUUCCCCAAACAGCACUUGGAUUCUGAUCCAGAGCGAAACAUCAAUUGAAGUUGUUGGGACAGUGCUGUCCUUUCCGACCGGCCCGGUUGGGGAAGGCGACUUCGAGAUCGAGGAGGAUCGGCAGAGACUCGCUCCGGUCAUGCGGCAGAUCUUGGUUCAAAAACUGCUUCAUUGCCUGCGAGUGGGCGACUUGCCUGGAUUUCGGCGCCACUUCAACCUGCAGACGGUUCACCUGCGGCGGCUGGAGAUCGAGCCAGUGACCGGUCUGCUUCCCAGCCGUGAGGGUGGUGAUGUGGUGCUGGAGUUCCUUCACCAAAACGGCUUGAGAAGCGUAGGUGAGGCCGACAGAGCAGGGUGGUGGCCUCUGCACUACGCAGCACUGGCCGGGAGUGCAGCGGUACUGAGAGGGCUGCUGGAGAAACGUGCCAACGUGAACCGGCGCACGUCGAAGGAUGAGCCGAUGCUGGGCUUUCCGUUCGGGAUGUCGGCUCUGGAUCUGGCGGUGUUCUUCAAGCACCACGAGGCCACACGGCUGCUUCUCGCACAGAGAGCACGCGUUGAAGGUGUCCUUUGGCCAUCAGCCAUAAUGGCGGCCAAUUCUGACAAUGCGGAAGGUGUCCGCCUGCUGUGUUCAGCAGGUGCCAGGCCACUGGCCCGAAACAUCCUGGGACCCACCAGCUUGAGGUGUGCAGCAGGUAAUGGAGCCGCGGCAGCUUUGGAGGAGCUGCUGGUGCAGGGUCGCCCAGGCCCGCUGGAACUUUCGCGGGCACUCUUCGAUGCCACAUUAUUUCGAGGUGGCUCGGCAGAGCUGGUACGGCGGUUGAUUGGCCUCCGUGCCGAUAUUGACUUUCAGAUGAACGUGCCGCGAGACUGCAGGGCACUGGGAAGGCUGCUUUUUGCCGGGAAGUCCUUGCAGUACCAGCUCGGCCGCGCAACAGUUUUGACGACGUUGGCCUAUCACUUGCAUGGCAGCACGCCGCUGAUGCAGGCUAUCAGGUCGGCUCAAUUCGAGGCUGCCGCGGCUCUGAUCGCCGCCGGCGCCAGACUGGAUCUCUGCAAUUGUCGACGCUGGACAGCGGCAGACUUUGCCCGUGGCCAGUCGGUUCCACGCUUCUUGCAGCUGGGCCUGGAGGGAGAUCCAGGCGAGUGCCGCAGGGUGUCAUCCCUCGCACUUAGCGACGGCUACGUCGAGGUUGUUCUUUGA